CACCCUAUAUGUACACAUUGGCAAUUAAAAUAACGUGUGCCAUUUCUUGUAAAUGCAGAUGGGGGAAGUGAACAGGGUGGAUUGUUUAUCUGAGUGAGCUCUGAACAUCCAGGAGAACUGGAUAUUCAAGCUGUGCUAAAGAUAAAAUGAUAAAAUCAUGUGUGUGAAUCAGACUGUGCCAUUUAAGGGUUGAAAAAGGAAAAUAAUUGGAUAUAAUAAUGGGAAAAGAAAUUUGUAAAGUUAACCAGUUAAGAGGAGAGUGUCAGCUCAAAUACAGUAGGGCAAAAUGCUCUAAAACACUAAAAAGUGGAAAAUCUCAAGCCAUCAUAUCACAAGUCAUGAAGGCAAACGACUGCAUCAACCCUUCACCCAUUACCACAUACUACAAAUACUCUGCAAUUGAUGCUGCCAUACUGGGACUAUUAUAUGAUGACACAUAGCUUCAACUUGUCAUUUUGACAAAGGUUAUAAUUAUCCAAAAAACAAUUGAAUUUGAACAUUUACACACUCACUGUUUAGGAAUCUAUGAACACAGAUUUCUGAAUCAUUUUUUGGUCGACCAUGUACUUCAGAAUACAGCAUUGCAGUAUAUUAAUAUUCUUGAGGUAAAAGUAAAAAGGUACACUUUGACCCAAUUGUAUAUACAAUUGUAUAUACUGCUAUUUUUAUUUUGUUUAGAAUUCACAAAUGUUAAAAUAUUGAUACUACAUACUACAGGUAAAAAAAUACUUACAAUACCAAAAUAGAUGGAUAAUAUACUGUAAUUUCAAUAUUUUUAAGUGCACCUGAAGUAAUCUUUGCACCAUGAGUACUACUCAAGUGGUUUUACAAUACAUCAGUAUUCUACCUCUGAAUACAGCAAAUGGUAGAAUUAACUUGGGUGACCGUUUGUGACUCUGGCUUUUAGAUCUGAUCUAUAAACAAACAUAUAUAUAUAUACACACACCUAGAUCUCACUGUGCUAGUUGUCAACAGUAUGAUGUGGGUAUGGUUUAGUAAAUUUCCAUCUGUGUUCACUGCUGAAUGCCUCUUUGUUGAGUGUGAUUGAAUUCCUUUUAGAUUAUUUCAGUUUCACAGAGCCGAUAGUCUGACUCACAGCCACACAGAUAAUUCAAGGAAAUAUAGUUACCGCUGUGCAAAAUUUAAACAUGGUAUUUUAAGUACCAAUCACUACUUCCACAUUAUAAUUCCUCCCCUCACUCCACCUUUACCAGUCUAAAAAAUAUUUGAACCAUGUACAACGAAGUUCAAAUGCAUCAUUUUCCAUUGUCAUUUGUGGGUGUUUGUGAUCGCAAAAAACAAUUAAAACAUUUAUGUAACAUUUAAACAAGUCUGAAACACACAUCAUAUCAUGGUGGUUAUAGUGGGACAUUAUUAUUCCUCUUGUUUCAUUUAUAAAGGAAGAAUGACUGUACUUUGGUGUCAACAGUGUUUUAUGGGUGUGGUUUGCUGCAUGAAGUGAUAUAAAGCUGCGUAGUGGCAGAUAGACUGAAGUUUACCACUGCUCUUGCUCUUGACCUGAUCUGCUCUUCUCUCUUUUAAACAAAAAUAAGCAGCAACAUAUUAAACAAGGGUUAACCAUGGAGACCCUUCUGCUUUUCAUCUUCACCAUCUUCAUCUUUACGGCUCCACACUCUCAAGGUGAAGAGUGUAACAUUGGUGCCACAGUGGUACAGAAGCCCACGACUUCAGAGCAACCUGCAGGUGGAGAGUGUAGCAUUGGUGCCACAGUAGUACAGAAGCCCACUACCUUAGAACAACCCGCAGGUGGAGAGUGUAACAUUGGUGCCACAGUAGUACAGAAGCCCACUACUUCAGAGCAACCUGCAGAACCUGUCAGAUACGAUGAUGAAAUGCUCAGGAUUGUGAUGGUGGGGAAGACCGGAGUUGGGAAGAGCGCCACAGGAAACACCAUUCUGGGAAAACAGUCCUUUCAAUCACAUUUAUCCCCUAAAUCUUUGACAGUAAAGGUUGCUAAGGCCUUUGGUGAGGUGGAUGGACAAAUGGUUGCUGUUAUUGACACUCCGGGCCUGUUUGACACCAGGAACACUGAAGAGAAAACAGUUAAAGAUGUUGUCCAGUGCAUUUCUUAUGCUUCUCCUGGACCUCAUAUCUUCUUGAUCAUCAUCAAACUGGACAGAUACACAGAGGAAGAAAAGCAGACGGUGGAGAAGAUUCAGAAAAUCUUUGGUGAGGAAGCCAAUAAAUACAGCAUGGUUCUCUUUACCGGUGGUGACCGACUCAAAGGGGAACCUAUUGAGGAGUUCUUGAACGACAGCGAAGAACUAAAGGAACUUAUUGCCAAAUGUAAUGGCCAGUACCAUGUGUUCAAUAAUGAGGUGAAGGAUCAUUCUCAGGUCAGUGAGCUGCUCAAGAAGAUCAAAAUUAUAACAGAGAAAAAUGGAGGAAAUCAUUACACCUCUGAAAUGUUCCAGGCCGCGGAGAGAGCGAUUGAAGAGGAGAAACAAAGAAUCCUUAAAGAGAAAGAAGAGCAAAUGCGCAAAGAGCAGGAGGAACUGAGGAAGGAAAUAGAGGAAAGGUAUGAGCUACAGAUGAGGGAGCAGAAAGCUGACACAGAGAGGCAGAAUAAGCUUAGGGAUGAUCGUGAAAGAGAAAUGGCUCAGAAAAUGAAACAACUGGAAGAAACAUACAAGAAGCGAGCCAGACAGACAGCUGAGGGUAAUUUUUCAAUAUUAAACUGGAUAAAGAAAAAGCUGGCCUCAUUAUUUGGGAUGACAUAAAAACUGAUCUGGUUUGAGUACGAACUUCUGACUUACUGAUACUGGACUGCAGCAGACUGUUGUGACUGCUUUGAAAUAUUCAGUCACAGUUUAUAAUCAUGACAUUUAGCUCAUGAGUGUUUAUAACUGUGCAAGAUAACCAAAACAUAUUCAGCAGUGUCACAGACAAGAACAAAGAUGUUACUGUACCAAAUUGAUAUGAAUAUUAAUGUCAUGAUUGUGUAUUAAAAUCCGAUAGUGAAUCCUUUUCUGAGGUAAUUCAGAUGUUGAAUCUGUAUAUGGACAACCGUUAUUGUUCAAUAAAGGAUGUAAAGGAUAGUUUCUGAUUUUUUCAUGUAUAGCUUAACACAAUACUCACAUGCCAUAUACUGUACACACUGAGUCAUAUGUUAUGAGCCAUAUAAACAAGCCAUAUAGCCAUAUAUAUAUAAAUAAUACUGUGCAAAAGUUUUAGGCACUUUAGGUGUUUAGAUUCUUAUAUAUCAUGUGAUACCAUCAGGGAGGUGUCUGA